AUGGAAGAAAUUAAUAAAAAAGAUACAUUCAUUGAACCAAUUCUCAAAGAAAAUAAAGAUAGAUUUGUAUUAUUUCCAAUAAAAUACCCAGAUAUCUGGAGAAUGUAUAAAAAAGCCCUUGCAAGUCAUUGGGUAGCUGAAGAAAUUGAUCUUGGUAAUGAUAAUGUUGAUUGGGAAUAUAAAUUAACAGAUAAUGAACGUCAUUUCAUCUCACAUGUUUUGGCAUUUUUUGCUGCAUCUGAUGGUAUUGUAAAUGAAAACCUUGCAACUAGAUUUAUGUCUGAAGUACAAAUUCCAGAAGCAAGAUGUUUCUAUGGUUUUCAAAUUGCAAUUGAAAAUAUACAUUCUGAAACUUAUAGUCUUUUAAUUGAAACUUAUAUUAAAGAUAAGCAAACUAAAGAUAAAUUAUUUAAUGCAAUUGAAACAAUUCCAUGUAUUAAAAAGAAGGCAGAAUGGGCAUUAAGAUGGAUAAAUGAUUCAGAUUCAUUUGCAGAACGUUUGGUUGCAUUUGCAGCAGUUGAGGGUAUAUUUUUCAGUGGAAGUUUUUGUUCAAUAUUUUGGUUGAAAAAGAGAGGUUUAAUGCAAGGUUUAACAUUUUCAAAUGAAUUAAUUUCACGUGACGAAGGUUUACAUUGUGAUUUCGCAUGUCUUCUCUACACAAAGUUACAAAGAAAGUUGGAUCCAAAAGUCAUUGAGAAAAUGAUAAGAGAUGCUGUCGAAUGUGAAAAGGAAUUCAUUUGCGAAUCAUUACCAGUGGAUUUAAUUGGUAUGAACUCGCGUUCAAUGUCUCAAUACAUUGAGUUUUGUGCUGAUCGUUUAGUGGUUUCUUUAGGUUACAAAAAGAUUUUCAACUCUUCAAAUCCUUUCGAAUGGAUGGAAAUGAUUUCUUUACAAAGAAAAUCAAACUUUUUCGAAGGCAAAGUUGCAGAAUACGCUAAAACUGGUGUUGCAAUUCAAGGAAAUAAUCAACAAAAAAAUAAUCAAUCAAGAACUUUAGUUUUAGAUGAAGAUUUUUAA